AUGGAUGUCCGGUAUCUUGCCGACUCCGUAAACAUCGAGCACGCGACCGGCCGAGACGUCGCAAGAGCGAUCAGCACGACGAAAAUUCAAUACGAUGUCGUGCAUUUACCAUUAAAGAUGCAUCCAGCGGACCAAAAGGACGAAGUUCACAAGAUUACUAACGCUCAACAGAGCAACGGAUAUCCAUUCUCAUGCAUAACAUGCAACGAGGAGCCAAUUCCCGCGGCGAGCAUACUCGACGUCGAGCAUGUACCUGGCUGGAAUGAGCUUCCGUUCAGUCCGCCAACCACAAUGGCAAAGGUUAAACAACCGCUCUCUUUUCUGAUCCCGUCCAUACUCAUUCUCUCGUUCACUGCAGGGCUUGCUUGCGAGGAAAUUACCCUGAAUAUAUCGAAGUACCGCCCCAAUCGAGUGCUCACCGGGGUUGGGCUGAAUGCAUCUGCGACCGGUCCCCGACUGGACUUUAGUUCGUCGACCUGGGUCGGUCCGGCGACCAAGAAAACACUCGCGCCCCAACUCUGUGGGAAAGGCCAAUGCAUGGCCGUUUUCCCUCUGUGGACACGGAAAGAAGGAUUCGGUGUGAUCAGUGUCUUGAGGGGUCCGCAGAAAGAGCUGUUUAUUGAGAAUGACCGGGUUCCCUUGGGCGCCACUAUCUACUUCAACGGUGAUGCAAACUUCAAGAUCGUGGAAUACGGGCACGGCGCUGCAAGCACUCGGAUUUAG